UCAAAAUCAACAUAAUUAAUUGUAUCUCUCAGCUCUUCAGUGUUAGCACUGUGAAAAGUUGCUCGAUCGAUUAUGGGGAGGAGGGUGACAAUGGUGAUGAUUUUGGCCUUGGCGGCGGCUCUGAUGCCGCUGCUCUCGCGAGCCGUGGAGAUGGGCCAAGUGAGGGGAUUGGCAGCUCGACAUAACGUGACAUGUAUUCUAGUGUUUGGAGAUUCGAGCGUUGAUCCCGGCAACAACAACAUUCUUCAGACGGCCAUGAAGGGCAACUUCCCUCCUUAUGGGAAGGACUUCUUUAAUGCCCUCCCCACCGGAAGGUUUAGUGAUGGAAGACUUGCCACUGACUUCAUUGCUGAGGACAUUGGGUACACGAAAAUAGUUCCAGCCUUUCUUGACCCGAAAUUAAGGCCUUCAGAUCUGCUACAUGGUGUUAGUUUUGCAUCAGCUGCUUCAGGUUACGAUGAUCUUACUGCCAAUAUUUCGAAUGUAUUACCCGUUUCCAAACAGCUCGAGUAUUUUCUGCAUUACAAAAUCCACCUGAGAAAGUUGGUGGGUGAGAAGAAGGCGAAAGAUUUUAUCAGAAAUGCUGUGUUUGUUUUGAGUAUGGGCACAAAUGACUUCCUGCAAAACUACUUCUUGCAAUCAAUGCGCACAGACCAAUUCAGCCUUCAAGAGUACCAGAAUUUUUUGGUCUCUUGCAUGUCUCAUGACAUUGAGGUGAUGCAUAGACUAGGAGCCGCAAGAUUGGUUGUUGUUGGGGUCCCACCGUUUGGAUGCAUGCCACUUGUCAAGGCACUAAUGGGCACGUCAACAUGUGUGGAAAGUUACAACACAGCGGCCUUCUCAUUCAAUUCCAAGAUAAGGGAAAAGCUGGAAAGCAUCAAGGCAACGUUGGGGAUGAAAAUUGCGUUUGUUGAUACCUACAGAAUUAUAGAACAUGCUGUACAGAACCCCACCCUAUACGAUUUAAGGGAAACUUCGAAGGGGUGUUGCGGGACAGGAACCAUAGAAUAUGCGGAUUCAUGCAAGGGCAUGAGUACAUGCACAGAUCCAUCAAAAUACGUAUUCUGGGAUGCUGUUCAUCCCACGGAAAAAAUGAAUAAGAUCAUCGCCGAUGAGGCUGUCAAAUCGAUCGGCGUUGAACUCUUAAGCUAAUUAAUUAAGGACAUUUUGUUCUUUCAAAUCUAAGAAUUUGAACUAAUUAAUAUUGUUAUUUCAAAUGUAAGAAUCGGAUGAGUAAUUCGUGCUUCUUCUUUAAUUUCUUCUUGUUUUUUUAAAAAAUUAUUAUAACAAAGUUCAACCUUUCGUUGACGACGAA